GUGGAGUCAUCCUUCUUCCUUCCUUGCCCCCCUAAAAACAUCCAGAUUGGGGGCAGUGGCUCCAGGGGGAUUCCUGGGCUAAGGACUUUGCACUCGAGGAGACCCUGCCGAUCACGGCCAUCUGCAAGGUGCCAGGAGGGAGCGGGCGGUGCUGUGGCCUGAGCCAGAAUGGCUGACAAUCUGGACUCUCGCGAGCUGGAGAACAGCAGCUGGGUGAUCGCCGGUUCCGAGGCUCUCCAUGUGGAAGACCUUGGCCUGGAAACUUCCGAAGUGGCUGAACCUGCAAUGGAGGACUCCCAGGUCUCCAUUUCUGAGUGUGAAUUCCCGAAUGAGCAUCCCGAUCUGGAGGAAUCCGAAACAAAGGGCCCCGAAGCAGCAUUGGAUCCGAGUCCCGAAGAGAAGUCCAGCGUUGGAGUGCCCAGGAUCCCUGAGUCCACCCACUCAUCCCCACAGCAGCUGAAGGAGCUGGGUGGGCACGACGCCGAGGGAGGGUCUGUGCCCGUCACCCAGGAGGCCCACCAGACCCACGAAACCUGUCUUCAGAAAGAAGCAGCAAAGGCGCCCAGCAGUGGGGAAGAGCCAGUGGCCAAGUCGCGCGAUGUGGAAGGGCUGCGCAGACGGAAAGGCCGCGAUGUGCAGGCUGUUGGGCCAGGGGCUCUCCCAGAUCAAGACGAGGAGGAUGUCCGUGGCGAGAUCCUUGGGAGUAAAUGGCUGCUCGGGUUACUAGUCCUCGUGGGUUUGGGCUUGCUGGUUGCUCUGGGAGUCGUUGUCGACUCAGAUGACGGUCCUAUGGAUAUUUUAGGUGCCUGGCCAAGCGCCGACACUCAAGAGCCACAUCCUGGCACAGAUGGAAAGGAUGGGCCGGCCGCGCCCCUGCCGGCAUCCCCGGGCGAUGCCAAACUUCAACGAGCCAAGGAAGCGUUGCGGUUGGCCGGACACCCCGGCGACCCUCAGAGCCUGGAGGCCGUGGGACUCAUGCUGGACAAACUGGCCAAAGAGAACCAGGACAUCCGACUGAUGCAGGCUGAGCUGCGGGCCCAGAAGGAGGAGCUGGAGACUCUGCUGCGCAAGUCCGAAGGCGAGGCGCUGGAGGUCACCUCCCGGCAGCAGGAUUUGGCCGCAGAGAACGCCCGGCUGACGGAGGCGCUGCAGCGGGAGACGGCCUCCCUCCAGGCCGCACAGACGGAACUCCGCCUCCUCCGGGAGAAGCUGCAGGGCCUGGGCGAGGCGGGCAAUGGCAGGCCCCAGCAGCGCCCCGAAGAGGAACCCGCCCCGGACCGCCACCGGCACAAGCCGGAGCGCCCCGAAGCCGAGCUCCAGCGGCUGCGCGCUUUGCUGGCAUCUGUCCAGCGCGACUUAGCAAGAACCCAUCAGAAACUUCCGCCCGGCAGUGAGGCUGAGGGGCUCCGGGCAGAGCUGAGCGGUGUGGAGCAGCGGCUGGGCCAGGCCCUGGAGGGAGCGGAGGGCACGAAGCUCGUGUGGAGAGACAGCCUCAAAGUCCGGCGGGGCAAGGAGAAAGCCUGGCGCAGGAGGCUGGAUGGCCCGCAGGAGCAUCGGCCCAGCCACCCCGACGAGGGCCCGGACAGGCAGCACAGAAGCCAGCACCCUGCCCACAAGGCUCCCCGGGCGGCCAGCGAGGGGCGGCCCCGUCCCCGGAAGCCCCAGGGCGGCAAGGCGGCCCGGGACGGGGAGCACCAGCGCACGAGCCGGAAGGCCAAGAAGCCCACCGAGCCGGGCUCCUUGUGGGAGAUGCUGGCCAGGCGUCAGUACCGGGCGCCCCAGGGCUGCAGCGGCAUCGCCGAGUGUGCCCAGCAGGAGGGGCUGGCACCGGUCCUCAAGGCCAAGUUCCUGCCGCUGGUGCAAAGCUACCUGGCCGGGCUGGGCUGGGCCGAGCACUACGAAGGCCUGGCGGCAGCGCUGAGCACCUUCUUCGGGAGUAACGGCACCUUUGCCCAUGACCGCCUCAGCUUCGUGGACUUCCUGGAUGAGGUCGAGGACGCCCUGGAGGAGCUGGCUGAGCUCCUGGGGGUCAGCAAAGAGGACGUGGAUAACUUUGAGGAGAUGGCUCUCACGCAGCUCGAGGCAGCCCCUUGGGGCAGGUUUGCGCAGCGAGACCGUGGCCAGCAACCCGCGAAGGAGUGGAGCCGCGAGGGACACGCUCGCAAGAACGGCAGAGAGAAUCUCAGCCGGAACCACAGUUAGAAUCAUGGCCUGGCGUGUACGUAGCUGCAUUGGGACAGGGAGAGAAAAGGCCUGUAUGCUUGCCGAGGAAACGAGGGCCGGGAGGGGCUCGCUCCAGUGCCGAAACCUGGCAGGGAAGUCAGCGGUUCCCAGCACGGGACCCCCCUACCAGGUUCUUUUGUGUGUGUGCUCACCUGGAUUACCCUCGCCUGGUCCCCCACCCACCUGCAUCCACGGCAAACCUCCAAGGGGUUCAGCCAGAGCAGUCUUUUUAGUGAUGUCGUAGCUUCCCUCCGCGCUGCAGGGAAACAAAGGCUUUCCGCCCAGUUUCCCCUUGUUUGCCAGGCUGCCCUGGGUGACACGCCGGCUGGAAACAAAGGAGGGUCCUCGUUCCCCCCCACCCACCCCCAUGGCCUGUCUCCUUGCAGACCCAGCUUGGGCAGGUCCAGGCAAUCCUGUUCCACCAUCCUUUCAUCCUCGGGCAAGCGGUCGUAUCAGCCACGCACCGAUUUGAGUCCUGAACACAGCCGAAGCUUUUUACGGGAUCUACCUCCGCGAUCGCACCCUUUGGGGCUUGCCCCACAUGCUGCCGGGUUCGGGAUCCCCCCUUUUUGCCCCCGAGACGACGUGUAAAACAGGGAAGCAUCAAAAGUGAUAGUUCUGCACACCUCCUCCUCCUCCUCCUCGGCGGUAGUGACGGUGGGUGGUACGAGGGGCAGCCAAGCAGCUGCUGGCUGCCUAUUUUUCUUAUCCCCCCCCCCACAAUAACCCACCUUCGAUCACAAUUUCUUGCACGGGGUGUCAGAAGCAAAUAAAGGCACUGAUUGAAAGAGUAA